UUGUUUUUAAUCUCCCCUAAAAUCCCUUCCCACUGACAAAGUAACCUCUCAAUUUCAUUUCUUUAUUAUCAUCCUCAUUCCUCACUUUCAACGCUCUUUCUUUAUCUUCUCACAAGUUCCAACAAUUCUCAACUACUAAACUAAUUCUCCCACUAAUGUAAACCACCACCACCAUGGCUAAACCACCGUCAUCACCACCGUUAACCACCAUCGGCACCCUUAUCUACUACCUCUCAGAACACCCAUCAAUCAUCUCAUUCCGUUGGAGCCACAGUCACUCAUGGGGUUCAACAUGGUCUUUCCUCAUCACCUCCAUAGCCACCUACCUCAUCCUCUCUCUCUUCCUCCAUCUCUCACUCUCUCUCCUCUUCCCCAACCGCCGUCACAUCCCUCUAGGACCCAUCCCCGCCCUCCACAGCCUCACCAUGUCUCUCAUCUCCGCCACAAUCUUCACCGGAACACUAAUCUCCGCUGUAUCAGAAAUUCGUGACACACAAUGGUUCUGGCAUCGUUCCAAAACCCCACUUCGAUGGCUCCUUUGUUUCCCCUUAGGUACACGACCUUCUGGUCGUGUCUUCUUUUGGUCUUACGUUUACUAUCUAUCACGUUUUCUACACAUGUUGAGAACAAUCUUAACUAUUCUACAUCGUCGUAGGUUGUCUUUUUAUCAACUUGUGAACCACUCAGUUUCAACGUUGGUUUCUUUUCUAUGGCUUGAAUUUUCACAGUCUUUUCAAGUUCUUGCGAUUCUGUUUGCAACACUUGUUUACUCUCUUGUCUAUGGUUAUAGAUUUUGGACAGCUAUUGGUCUUCGAUCUGCGUGUUUUCCGUUUGUUUUGAACUGUCAGAUUUUGUUGUUGGGAUGUAACGUGGCGUGUCAUGUUGGUGUUUUUUUGCUUCAUUUCUUUUUUGAAGUUGGUGGUUGUAAUGGAAUGGGUGCUUGGGUUUUCAAUUCCAUUCUCAACACUGCUGUUCUUGUUAUUUUUAUUCAUUUUUAUGUCAGGAUGUAUUUUGUUGGCAAAAGUGAAAGGAGAAUGGUUCAAGAGACUGAAUCAAUGGAUUGCUCUUCCUCUUGCCCUGACCUAAUCGUUGGGUCACGGGCGCGGUCACGAUGAAUUGCUGAUGCGGUCUUAAUUGCAGUUGCAUUGUAGUUUCGACGAUAUCAGAGAUUAUUAUGUUUCUGUUUAGAUUAGGGGUCUGGAAUUCUUUUUUUUACACUUAGGUUAUAGAUAAAGUCAAUUUUUAAAAAACAACUUGGAGUUGUGAUCAUUAGUGUAUAAUAUAUCUGCUUUGAUUUUGGGUACAAAUUGUGUACCCUUAAGAGCAAAGUGUAAUUUUGGGUACAAAUUGUGUACCUCAAAGAUCAAAGUGUAUAAGAAUAAAGAAUACUAUAGAAUGUUGGGGUACCUGUAUAUUAUGAUUAGAAUAUGCUAUAUAGAAUCACUCUUGAUUAAUUAGUUCAUUUCAUU